GGCAGGGAGGGAUGGAUGGAUGGAGGAGAGAGAGGUAGAGGGAGAGAGAGGGAGCAAGCGUCAGCACUCCAUGUGUUAAAAGGGCAGAUGGUAACGGCGGGGUAACUGAGGAGCAAACCACUCUGCCGGCCACAGAGCCAGAGAUCAGCGGAGGGAGGGAGAGAGGAGCGCGAGCACAUGCGGAGGAGAGGAGCAUCUGAGAGGAAGCUGCACGCGCUGCUCUGACAGGAAGGACAGGACUGAGAGGGACAGGAGAAAGUAGACCUGCUCCAUACUUAGACAAAGAGCCAGGACAAACACCAGGGAACUGAGCAGAGGAGGAGGAGAUAGUUAGAGCAACUGCGAGACUAAUCAAUUUCACCAAGAAAUUUAGACUCAGCGGAAAGACAGAGAGAGAGAGAGAGAGAGAGAGAGAGAGAGAGAGAGGAGUCAGCGACGAGGAUUGAUGAAUAAGAGAUGGGUGAAAAGACUUAAAGAGAAAUAUUUAACUAGAGACAGGGACAGCUAGCAAAUCCAGAAAAGACGGAGAAAGCGUCUCAGAAAAGCAGAGGAGGAACAGAGGGUGAAAUAUUUACGAGGACCCGGAGAGAGAAAGAGAGAGAGAGAGAGAGAGAGAGCGAGAGAGAGAGAGAGAGAGAGAGAGAGAGAGAGAGAGAGAGAGAGUCUUAGCUGAGGAGGAACUUCCAAAAAACUUGGAGAAGAGAGAGAAUAAAUGAGCGCGAGCAGCGAGGAAAGCCGAGCCGAGCCGCUCCUCCUCUUCCCGUCCUCUUCCUAAUAAAAGCAACGAGCAGAAGAAGCGCCGCAGAAGGAAGACAAGGAAGUUUCAAGAUUUGAAAAAAAGAGCUAGAUAGAUAUUCAACCUCAUGAAAGUCGACUUUAUCCAAUGGCGUGCUACUACAUCGUGAUCAGUUCCACCCACCUGCGUGACGGACAGCUGAGGAGCAUCAAGGGGGUUUUCAGGGGACCAAUAGGAGCCAGCGGCCAGAGGAGCACGGAUGAAGGAGAUUCCAGGUUUUACUGUGAGCUCUGCAACAAGCAAUACGUGAGACAGCAGCAGUACGAGAACCACAUUAACUCCUACGACCACCAUCACAAGCAGCGCCUGAAGGAGCUGAAGCAGAGGGAGUUUUACAGAGCGCUGGCCUACAGGAGGCAGAGGAGGCGCAGGGAGGAGAAACGAGAGGAGAGAGCGCUGAGGAGAGUUCAUCAGCGUGACGCGAGGGGGACCGGAGACUGCGCUCCGGGUUCUGGUCCGAUGUUCCGGUCCACCACAGUGGCAAUCGACCCAGCGAAUCAGCCCCAACCAAAUGUCGAGCGGAACUGGGAAGCUUUCCAUUCGAGCGGCGCCGAACGGGCAACAAAGCCACAGACCCAUCUGAUCCAACCCUUCCUCCCUCUAGACCCCACACUCGAGUCCAGACUCCUGAGCAACACUGAUUGGGCAUACGGCCAAAGGGAUGCAAACAACUCUGCAGCUGCUGCUGACGAACCCUGCAUCCUCAAACAGACCCAUCUGGACUGCGGCCGCCUCAGAGCCAACCACACGAUAAACCCUGAUGACACAAACUGUACCGUUUCAAAUCACUUCUACAAGCAUUUGACGCCUCGUUGUUACACGAGUAACGCCAUGACUCCUAUAGAUGUCCCAACAGCUACCACUGGCACAAAGUCCUGCGAUCACCCUGACGUAAACCCAAAUGACAACAGAAGCAAGGUGAUGAGUACGACUCACGCCCUGUUGGCCCCCUGCCGGCUUCGCCCCGUGUCCUUCUCCCUGCCGAAGCGGACCUGCGUCCUCCUGCACCAAUCAGCUGCGGUCUUCAUCCAAGCCGGACAGGGUUCAGGGUUGCCAGGGAAACAAGUAGGUGUGGCAAACCAGGAAAGGACAAAAAACCUUGGGGAGAAAGUUACUGACCUGGGGUCAAAGUCUCCGGUGUGUUCGGAUGUGGAUGCCUGGGACACUGGAAACCAGUGCAGUGCGGACAGUAAGAUUGAAUUCCGGCCUGCUGAGUCUGCUGACAAAGGACCCCUGGGACCGCCUGGGAAUAAAGCCCAGGUUUCCUCAUGCAAUCGCAAUGUGAUUGGAGAAGAAAACUUGACAAUUAGUGGGAGUGGAGCCCAGCUCUCUUUAUGUAAGGACAAUGGGACAGAAGCCCAAUGUGGGACUGAAGCUCAUCUUUAUUUAAACAGAGACACACCAGAACAGAUUUCUGACAGCAUCAGCACUGAUUCAGCACACAGAGAAAAUGAGAUCCACCAUCAAGAGACAACACAUCAAGAAGGUGAAGAUCUGCUUUCCUCUGCCACAAAUAAUCCUGAGAAGUCUGAUUCUUGUGUCGUAAAUGAGAGUCCAAAAGAAUCAAGCUUCCCCUCAUUAACUUGUUGCAGCACAUUGAUGCCUGUACCUCCAGAUCGUCCCAAAGAACCUUUCUGUCAGGUUCUGAGCCGUGACAGAGGCAGGGUUCUUCUCUGGCCCACAGAGAUGGUAAACUACACCAAAACAUCGCCCUCCAUCUCCUACAGCGUCAACCCUCUACUGUACGAUUUCAGAGCCCAUCACAAGGCCAAAAAAGGGGGCACAGAAAAAAAAGGAGGUCUCGAGGAAGGGAGAGAGAGAAUAAAGCCAUUUGUGAUCAAACAACCCGACUGCCAAGAGAGGCAUGAAGAUACAGAGGGAGGAAAGGAAGAGAAGAUAGAUGAAAGGAGAGAAGAGGCAGAGGGAGGACAGGCGGGAAAUCCUGUGGAAGUUGUCGACCAUUGUGAUGGUGGCGUCGCAAUCCAAGGCCACUCCAGUUGCCAUGAUGAAAAUGCUUUAAAAUUUGUUCCCCUCUCUGCAGAAAGCCACCAUGCACCAGGCCUUCUAAAAGCAGCAAGGAAAAGGCGAAGGAGGAGGGCAGGGAUGGGGAGGGGAACAAGGAGGAGGGGGAGAAAGAAAAGAAGAGGAAAGGCGGAAAAAAAAGAUUCGGAAAAGGGAAGGAUAACGAGUCCCUUCUUUGCAAGUCAGAUGUUUGAAGGGAGAGGGGAAGAGAAGCUGAAAAGAGAGGGCAACAUAAAAGCUGAGAGGAGAGAUAAAGAGCUAUUAAGUAAUCUCACUGCAAAUCAGCCUGUAGGAGGGAGAGAAAAGAAGAUGAGGGAAGACGAGCAAAGGAUGAGAAGGGAUCAGAUGAUGCGAGAGAGGGCAGGUAGAAACGACGAAAAGAGGGGAGAGCUAUUAAGUAAUCUUCCCAUGAAUCGGUGUAAUCGGUGUAACCAGCUGUGUGUGCAGGUGAAGCGGGAGGCCAGCCAGCAUCAAUCCCACCAAUCAGUCUCCGAAUGGGGCCCAGAGCUCAGAAAGCUCCUCUGCAGGGGUGCAGCAUGCUGCUCUGUGAUUAGCCACGUCCCCAAGUCUGUUAUGGAGACACCACGCUGUCCCGCAAUUACACCUGGCCCUGCCGAGGAUGACAAAGGGACGGGAGUGAUCCACAAAGACGCACAGGCGGGGAAGCAGGAGGGCGGGCAGGAGCAAAGGAAUCCGAGGAGCGGCGAGAUAAGUGGCGCUGAGGAAAACACGUGUAAGCUAGCGAUUAGCAGUGUUACUUUCCCCCGUCGAGACGCUGCAUGCGAGGAGGAAAUGUGUCUCGUUCCUAGACCUCACGGAGAAAUGGCACGAAAUCUGGCGAUUAGCCCCACCUCCCCUUCCUCCAGAGAGACAGCGUGUGGUCAAACACAAACAAUACCUGCAGGACAAAGCUGCACCACGACAGCUGAGAGCCUGUGCUGUUUGGAAGGGAAGCCAAGAAUCGGAUCGGCCUGUGAGGUAGUGGCUCCCCCUCCCACUCGUUUGCUUGCAGGAUUGUCCAGAAAGAGGAAGGGAGGAUCGCCGGAGCCGGUGGCACUGAAGAAGAAACGAAGACGAGGCAGGAGGCAGUUGAGGAGAUUCAUGAAUGUUUUACUCAAGAGGCAAGAAAGAAAUCAGGCCAUCUUGACCUCUGACCUCAGUGACAGAGGGGAUUGUUGCUGUCAGCUCAUACCUACAGACUGCCGCCCAAUCUGUAAGACCCAAGAGCCCCUGAGCCACAGCGCCAACACUGACGAGGAACCACUUAGCUGCAGUCCUGACCAUCAGGACAAGCCCUGCUGUUGUGAUGAGAGUCAUGGAACUGCUAACGACUGUGAGUGCAGUCAAACUGAAGGAUUGACACAACUCAGUGACUGUCACACCUGUAACACCUCAAUGCCGCACCGACAGGGAGCUGAGCUGUCCAUCAGGAAUGAUGGACUUAAUUCUGCCGUCUUCUGUGAUCAUGAUACAACUUUUAGUAGAGGAUGUCAUGUACGUUUGGUUGACCAGAAUCCUGAUUGUACUUUGAACAAAACAGAACCAUCAGGGUGUGGACAGCUAACAGGUACCCUCAGAUGUAGCACCAACAACCUUUGUCAGUGUGAAGACAAGCACACCAAAACAGAGUAUCAAAGCGUAACUGAUGACACUUUUCAUCGCAGUUGUGACUCUGUCGAUAAAAUUAUCAGGAGCAGUCAGAGCGAGGAGGGUGAAACUCAAGCACAGGGUCAUGACAGCGCCCCGCUCUCUGGUCCAGAUGGUGGUUAUAGGAGCAGCCAGGGCGUUCAUCAGACUGAGACUGACAGCGGUCAGUGCCAUGGUUUCAACAGUAAUCCUGAUUGUAAGCCCAGCAGUAAUACUGCUAAUAACACCAGCACCAGAGACGAAGCAGAACAUCUACACACCAGGGAGAGGCAGAGGAAGGAGGAGGAGGAAGAGAAGGAGAAACGGUUGGAGAGAAAGAGGGAGGAGUGGGAGAAGGAGUGGGUGAGGAGGAAGGAGAAGGAGGAACGGGAGAGGAGGAAAGGGAUAGAGUUGGAGCAUCUGUUUUCAGAGAAGAGGCAGUGCUUUCCUCCUCACCUCCCCCCACGCUGCAUCCCCUUCCACACUCCACUCCUCCUCCAGCCGUCCCUCUCAUCUUCCUCUUCCUUCUCCUUCCACCACACCUUCAUCCAGCACAACCUUUCCCUUCUGCCACCUCCAUCACACCUCCAGCUCUCCUCAUACCCCCACCUUCUACCCCCCUUCUCCCCUCACAUCUCUCCUCUCGCCCCUGCUCCUCCACCACCACCACCCGCUCCACUACCGCCCCCUCCGCCUCUUCCUCCUUCAUUCUACGCUUCCUCUCCCAUCCCGCUGCUGGACGCUCCCAGUCCAUACCCCUUAGCGGCUUUUCAUCCCGUUCAGAGUCACCACCCAUCCCUGUACCCUCCACCUCAUCCGGCAGUUCUGCCCUUACAGGUGUUACUGUGAGCUGUUCCCCAAGACCAGUCCCACUUCAUUGCCUAAAUAUCACGUCCAGGGUGGAAUAUGAGUCGUUUUAAGGAGAGCCUAAUCAGAAAACAAAGUCUAUCUGUCUUCAUGCAGAGCCUCGUAGAGUCCUUACACUGCAGUACUGAUUCACGCGUCUGGAAAAAAAUAUAUAUAUAAAAAGAUGGUUAAUUAUCCUCAUCAGUCGCAAUCUCGCUCUAAAUGAGCCUCAGGUGUGCAGCCUGUGGGAUCGUGGCAGGAAUACGCAGCUGGGCUCGUUUUCCUCGGCAGAAAUCAGUCGACGUCUCCCGUUUAGCAUUUUAAACCGAUCAUUUACUUUCAGGAUGAAUUUCGGCGACACUAAAAAGAGAAAGAAAAAAGUUCAGCCUCGCAUUCCUUUUAGAUAUCUUCACUCUGUGAUCAUAAACAUGCACUGUUUGGUUCACAUGUUCUCCCCGAGAGGUUUCAGAUUGUUUCUGUCGACGCCACACAGCCGUGUCAGAGGAAAGGCAGAUCUUCAAACACUAUUGUAAAAGUAUUUAUAUCCCUUGAACUAUGUCACCGUUCUCACUUUUGUGUCAUAUUAUAAACAUGAAUUUCUUUUAUUGGGAUUAAAGAAACAUAAAUAAGUGAAAAGCAGACAGAAAUCAAAAUUCUUUACAAAGACAGAUCUGAUAUUUGCAUUUCUAUUCAGCUUCCUCCUGAGUUAAUACUUUUCUUUCCCUGCUGAAGAAAAGCAUCGCCCACACAGCGAUGGUAGAGUUUAAGGCGACGUGUUUUUCUGCUCACAUAACGUUUUAGGAAUUCUUAUGAGUUUUUAAUCAACAGUGACUUUCUUCCAUAAGGGCCAGAUUUUUGAAACAUACAUUUUUAUGAAUGAUGGAUUGAGCAGUUCACUAAUGUUCCCUGAAAACGUACCAGACAUCAGGUGACUGAUGGGAAUCAGUUGCAUCAGCUUUUAUCACAGUAAAUGUUUGCCAUGCAUUUCAGAUUUUUUAUUUUAAGGAUGAUGCUCCUUCCAAUUAACAGUAGCUGCAUUUCCAUUCACCAUGUAUUUGUGCAAUUUGAUAUUUUGAAAAUAAAUUUGCCAAAUAGAAAUCCCAAUUUCAAAAAUAUUCUUGUUUGUCGAUGAAAAUUUUGAAAAAAUAUUGGAAUUGGUUUAUCUCACAAACCUGCAAUGGAAACACUUUUUUUUGCAACACAUGAGUCAUGUAAUCAUCAACUGGAUGUUGUCACUGGCUCCAACCAUGAAGAAGAAGACCACAGGAAGUAGUAGGAGGAUGAUAACCCAGCAUGUUUUUAAUGACUUACUCGUGAACAAACUUUUUCACGUGUGAUUUGAGUCGUGUUUCUUAUUAAAUGGAAACACCGCAAUUGUGAAAUUGUGAUUUAUUUUUAACAUUAGCAAAAUAUUGUCAAAGUUUUGCGUGUUGCUAGGUGCGUAACUAGCAGCAGUUAGCAUGACAUUUAAAUACAAAAUGGAGACUUUUGUGGUUGUAGUGUGACCAAACGUAAAAGAGUAAAUUUUUAUAUAUUUAUCACGAGUUAAAUAUUUUAAUGCCGCAGUCUUUUAUUUAUUGACUAUAAAACAUUUCUGCUGAGUCAAUAUAUGAUACAUCAACAUUAUCAUCAGGACUGGCUAUUUAUAACAUAUCGCUAUCAGUUUGAUAAAUAAAUUGGGCCGAUAUCAACAUCCAAUAUUUAUUUCCAUAUUGUUUCUGGAGGGGGAAGAGGUUGGUCAUGUGGCAGUGAUAUUCAUUUGAUCCCAGUCAGUAGUGUGGUCGAUUUUUCAAGAUGCCUAAAAGAUAAUGACAUUUAUAUAUAAUACAGAUAAGUAUGUGUUAGAACAGCAGUACAAAUAUUGAUAUUGGCCCAAAUUUUCAUAUUGGUUAAUCCAUAAUUUUAAUUCAGAUUCUUAAGAUUGAAAACUACAAAUCUGGAGAAAUGAAAGGCCUGAGCUUCGCAUGAAAAUCACUUGGCUUGAUAAUAAUAUUACCAGCACUCCCAAAACAUGCCACUAUCUUUUAUUGACACAUCUAUGCUCAAAUUGCAUCAGGGGUGGUUUUUGUGCCAAAGUCAAAUGAAGAAGAAAAUGUAUUUGAUAUUAGAGAUGAUAUCUCUGCUUCUGCUGCAAGAGUUUUUUUAAAUUGACCACUCCGCCAGGCUGUGCUGAAUAUGUUAAAUCAGUGAAGAGCUGUACAGUUAGAAUAGUAAUAGGCAGAUGAAAUGUGAAUCCCAGCCUCUAAGAAGUGAAGCAGGAAAUAGGAGGCCAAUUAUUCAGACUCCUUUAUGAGAACUUACAAAAAGCAUGAAAGGCAAAAGGUUUUCUGUUCCUCUGUAGGGGACAAAGGAUCCAGUACAAAUAUGAGUAACACACUAUUGGGCUUCAUUUACAAAGAAAUACAGUGACUAGAAGCAAUAUCUCUACACCAUAACUUGUUCUCACAUUGAACUUCAAAGUAUUUUUUUCUGAAAUAUUAUGUGAUAGGUCAACACAAAGUGAGUAAUUGUGACAUUUUUACAAAUAGUCACCCACUAUAGCGUCCAACUGUUGGUAAUGUAAUAUCUCUAUAAACCACAGCUGCUCUGUCAAGUUAUCACAAUGUGACAAAAUGUGAAAAGGUUCAAAUAUCAAAAUCAUUCCCUAGAUUUGACCAGAGCCAAGUAGUGACCUGCCUGCAGUUUGAGAUGCAGAUAAAGUCGAGUGAAUUUUGCAGGAGUUUUGAGUGGGAUGUGAUAAACUAAAGACGGAAACCAGUGAAAAGGCACGAAGGAAAGGAGACAGUGUUCAGUAAUAAAGCACAUAAAUAGAGGUCUUUAUUAUAACAUUCAUGAAACGUUAUGUUUACAGCAGAUCUCAACACAUUAAAAAGGAUUGAAGUUACAAUUAGAGCAAGUCAGUACAUUAAUUCAGAUUUUGCAUACACAAUAAAGCUGAGGCCUUUUAUUAGAUUGCAGUCCUUUCCUCAGAAAACAAAUACAGAAAAGCAAGAGAUUUACUAAUAAGUGUAUCUCCAUUGAUCAAUCUGAUUAUAAAGUCAUAAACACAAGUUUUGAUAGUGAGUCAGUGGUGUAUUUCUUGACUUAAUCAUGUUUCUUAGAAAUAUUAUGACGAAAUAAAGUUUCAAAGAUUGUAUUUUCUGGAAAUACAUGCAACUAGUUUGAAGAGUUACGGUUUGCCUUGUUCCCUGAAAGGCUAGUUGUAAACGUCUGGACCAAAUCCAGUUUGAUGGCAACUCAUUCAGCUGGUCUCAGUUUUUGUUCCCAAAUACAGCAAAGACGUGGAUUAAAUCAAAGAACAAUUCAAAUUUCCACCACAAAAAUGGAAGCUCUAAAGUUUUUCCAACACAUCUGUGACACUCAAAACUUUUUAUGACAACUGUCGGUGGCAACGCAACCCCUUUCACCUUGAUUUUACUGAACCUUUUCCAAGUUGACCUAUUGCUUCAAACAUCAAAACGGCUGACAAACAGAUUUAGCUGGCGGCUGGAAACGGUGUGAACUCUGUCUCUGUUGUUGUUGGAAAGCCUCUGAUGUUACGGGCUUCUUUUUCUGCUGUGUAUUUGCUGCUGUUACUUCCGUGUCAAAGCCUCGGGCAGAAACUGUGGAGCAUGCACUGACCACCCACCCACCCACCAACUCUGAGUCCAAUUGAACAUAUCCAAGAGUAAUUCAUCUUUCAGCCACAUUAUCCAGGUCUGUUAGAGGCACAAGCAUAAAAGACUUUCUCUGCAGGGCUAUCAUUCUUCGCUAAUAUUAAAUAAGAUAAGAUUGAGAGGAGUUUCUUUGGCAUUUCAUUUUAGAAAUACACCACUUUCUCUUUGAAUAUCAAAUGGAAGGUAUUAUUAUAAAUUGAAAUAGCAAUGCAACUGGAAUUAGCAGUAAUGAUCUAGUCCGACGCUGCUGAAUGAAAAUGCAGUCUCUGUAACAUAAGCAUCAUCCCAAAUGCAAGAGGUGAGAGGUUUAAGCAGAUUUAGAGAAGGUUUUUAUGGAUACAGUCAAACUAAAAAUGUUCUUACUGAUGGGUAGUUGGUAUGUUGACCCAUCAGAGUCAGAUUAUGUCUUCAGCCUCAUUCUCUCCAAAUUAGCUGCGAUGCAAAUAAAAACAAUAUCAAAUUCACACCAGCUCACAACUUUUAAAAUACCAAACCUAUGACAUCAUUCAAAGGUCUAUUUCUUUCAGUCAUUGAAUGAGGAGCCACAGGGAGCAAAUGAGCAAAAUGUGUGAAAACACAUCACGUCUAUAGGGAAGUAUGGAAGAGGAUCUAUGAUGCUAUGGGCCUGGUUCUCUACCAAAUGCUUUGGGAACUUUUAAAAUGUCACAAAAAAUAAUACAAAUAAAAAUGCAAAUUAGGUGUAUUUUAUUUUACUAGCUUGGAGUGAAUCAACCUGACUAUGCAAACAGGAAGUAGAUGGACCACACAGCUCAGAAACAUGGAGAGAAUUGUUGUGUGGCUCUGGUAAGGCAGAGGCCUAUUAGAGGAUGGGAAUGUUAACUUAUUAUGCAAAUGUGUUUCCAUCUCCUUUCAGUGCAUUAAGUCUUUUUCAAAAAACAAAAAAGAACGCCUUAAGUGAGCAUAAAUUUUUCAACAGUUGUUUUGAAUUUUGCUGUUUCCAAAAACCUUUUCUAAUGGAAACUCGGCCAGAAUGGCAUUACAGACUCUUACACAUGCUAAUGAGAAUGUAGCAGGAGUAAUAGUAGGCUGAACGUGGGUCAUCACUGGGUCUAUUGACCUUAGACCCAGUGGGCAAAACAAAUAAUUAACCAAAGGAAAAAUCCUAUUGGCAAAAGGAACAUGGGUUUUAUUUUCCACAUUGAAUUAAUGCACUUAAAUUAAUGGAUCAUUUUUCUACAUUUUUUAUUAUGAAUGCUACAGGGAUGCCAAUAAAUCUGCCUGGUGCUUUUAUUUCUCAUUAAAACUACAAAUGGUGAAAUACAAUGUGGGGAGGGAAAAACUAUAAUAAAAAAUAAUCAGAAAGAAAAAUCGCUUAAGGCUUUUCCCUUGAGUUGCUGUUUAAACAAACCAACACAGUCAAUAUGAGAUAAAAACCUGAGAAGCUCCUUCCACAGAUGAGAUGCAACAGCUUGAAAGAAACCGUCCCUGCAGGAUUUAAAUCAGUUGUGAGAAGCUAUUAAUGAUCUCUGCUUGGACGACCUCAAGGUCAGAGCUUAAUUGUAAGGCGUCAGCGGGUCAGAAAUAAUCUGAGGCAUUGACCAUGCAAAGCUAUAAAUGUUAAAUGAUUUCUAACAGCAGCCGGUAACGAGUGAAGAGACAAUAAAUCAGGAGUCAAGCUCGCUUUGCUUUUCUCACUAAAUGGUGAGGACGGCUGGACGUGGGGACGACGGGUCACUGUGGGUUGCACUCGCCAGCUGAAUCUUUGUUAACCCGCAGGAUGAUUGAUGGGAUCGUGUUCUCGGAAUCAAUAUAUCUGUCGAAAUAUUCAUGGCAAAUGUAAAAAAAUCAAAACUACGUAGAUAUGUAAAAGUGUUAUGAGGAGCCACUCAGUUUUCAGCUGAGGUGACCCACAGGUCAUGCACACCAUGGAACUGUUUCCUAUGUGACUUUAGGAAAACAAAUUUUAUUUAUAUAGCACUUUUUCAGCAACAAGGCAGCUCAAAGUGCAGUAAAUCUGUAAAAUGUCAAAUCUGGAAAAGACGACCUGCAUGUUUAUAUAUUUGUGGCUGAAUUCUAAAAAAUAAAGUGUGUUAUAGUUACCACAGUGAAAUGGGAGAAUAACCAUAACUAAAUCAGAUAUUUGACACCAGGCAUUUUGUCAUUGCCAAAACAUAUUAUUCAUCCAUCUGUUGUCUGUAGCCACUCAUCCUUGCAGGGUUCUGAAGGGACUGGUGUCUCCAGUGGUCACUGGGUGAGAGGCAGGGUACACCAGUCCACCACAGAACGGACAACCAUGCACACACACUCACACCUCAGGGCAGUUUAGAGAAACAAAUGAACAGAUUAUCCUCCCACAGCCCAAAAGGAAGCCAGAGUACCCAGAGAGAGCCUUCCAUGACCACAGAUGAACUCCAGUGAACUCCAGUCUGAGGCAGAAAGACCUCAGACUGGGAUUUGAACCCAGGACCUUCUUACUGCAAGGCAACAGAGCUAUCAAAUGCGUUACCAUGGCGCUACUAGUUACACAGUCAGACAAACUUUAUUAUUAUUUUUCUGCAGACUGACAGUAGAACUCCAAGACACAUCUGAGGUUCUACGAUGCUUUACGACAACUACACCUCAGCGAAUCCCUGGAGGUCCAAGGCGCACUGUGGCGACAGACGUUUUAAUACAAUACGACAUGAAAAGAAAGAAAAAAUCUUGGGCAUUUUCAGAUAUUUUAUUUUACUCAGAUGUCGAUACUUGUGAGUCUAAAGUAAAACCUAUAAAAAAAACAGAGUCUGAAUCUGAAAUUCUAAGUGGAAAAUGAACCUUAAAAUGGGUUUAUUUAAACCAUCUUUUGUUUCUUUACAUUUUCCACACACAUUCAGUACUAUAAUGCAUCCUCUGUUGAGCACAUUCCCAAACUGCAAAGAAAUACUAUGUUAUUAUCUAUUGCUAAUAGUAGCAGUAUUGUCUGAGCACAGCAAUUAUAAUCUGAAUUCCGACUAGCAGCUGCUACUGGGUUUAGUUGGAUUUGGCGUCAUUCCCAGAUCCAUGUUCCUACUUUAUGGGGAAAUAAGUUGACACUUGCAAUUGUUCUCUGUUCACUGUGGUCUGAUUCAGCUAACACUGAAUCAUUUUAAAAAAUAGAUAUUCUCCAUUUGAGUCACUUCUGUACCCCUGAAUGCAGCUUAAGCCUCUAUGACCAGAGCCGCCUGUACACAGCCUGAAACCAUGGCUACGUUCCUUCACACCCAGUCAUGUUUUCAGUAGGUCAAAAAUGUGAAGUGCAGUUAAGAGGCUUUGAUCUGAUAAACCGCUCAGGCGUUUGACCUUUACACUCUGCUUUUCACACACUUGAUUUUCUGCCAUCUCAGUCAGUUUAAAUAUCCCAAAGUGACGGGAGAGUUUAGGCUGAAACGAGCAGUAAUUGAUUCGGCUCGUCACGUGACCUGCUCCACGUCAGCCCGGCGUCCCAGAGCCGCUCAGGGCCGUGAAACGCAGAGACGUCAAGGUUUGAUUGUCAGGUUAUCAUGCAGUAAAACAGCCAUUUGUCAAAUGCAGCUCACUGCUUUUAGUUAGUCUUAAGUAGUGGUAGUUCAAAUCUGACGUCAAUAAACAUUCUGCCAAUCGUGUUUUCACUAAAACAUCAUUUUAAGGACAAUUAUCUCUGCUACAUGUGAUGAAGGAGAUUAUCCUUGCUGCAUGUUGACAGCUGAAAGCAUGCAGGAAGAGCACAGUAACUCCCACACUUCUUUCCACAUUUUCUUUCUUCUCUCCUCCCAUCCUCUGACAUUUUCUCCCUCUCCUCUCAAGUCGAACAUCUGGCAAAGAUUGCUUUGGGGCAUCAGCGGCAGCAACUAUCCGUCUCUCUGACUAUAGAUUAUUCUGGUGCAAACAAACAAAGCAAACAAUAAAGCGCAUUGAAAUUCAUCCGGCAGAAUGCGGCUAGCGCUUGAUAAAAUGAGGCGAGGUGCAGAACUGUUGCUUGGUGUCCGGUCUACGUCGCACCGGACCGAAACCCGCCUCCCUCACAGGGCGGGGCGCCGCGGCACAGCGGCUCACCGGCUCACCAACCAUGUUGGUUCAAAAAUUUUCUGAGGUUCUGAGCGCUGGAGAACAUGCAUGGACAAGAAUGGUGUCACACCAGAAGAUGAUUUAGCAAAGUAAAGUUCUCUCUGAACAUGGGUCUUAUUUAUUACUGUGACGAACUGUGUGCAUUAGAAACGAUCAAAGCUGUUAUUAGAUGUAUUUUUGUAGCGAAUCCUCAGUUGAAUGAGGCCAUUUUGUAUCAUGUACUCCUAUUUUAGCUAGUAAAUGAGCCGCACGCUGACGUCAUUUGUCCUCUUGUUCAUGCUGUUGUACAUAUUUAAGUUAUUGUCAAGUAAAUUAUGUAUAAAAAAGAGCAUUUUUUAAAUAUAAUUUUGUGAAAUAGAAAUGUCUCAAAACCUGUCAAAUAUUUACCUGAUUCUUUGGUUUGUUAUGGAAUAUCAUGAAAAUUGUACAUAAAUGUCCUUGUUACGAUAUUAGAGCUAGUGAAUCUAGUCUGGCAGUUUGAAUAAAUCUGUAAGACUUGA